CCGGAAGUAGCGACUUAAAUCAAUACAGAUAUUUCUACGGAUUAUGGAUUAAACAAAGAAAACAUUUUCUGGGUAAAACUACACACCAGGAAUGAAGAUAGAACAAACUGCUUAAGUUCCAUCUCUGCUACAAAGAAUGGACCUCAUAGCAGAGUUAGACAAAGCUGUCAUGGGGAUGGGCUGGAGAGAGCUGUCCGCCUUGCUGGAGGAGACCCUAAAUAUUUUGUACAACACAGCCAACUUUCCACCUCCCACAUCCACUCCACCUCCUUUCCAGACUGCUUCUGCGCUCCACACUUCCACUUUUCCAGCAGAAGUUGAGGAGGGAAAGUUUCACAAAAUCACAUCUUUGAACGCUUCUCCUGAGCUCUUUGAGUUGUCAAGCCCAUCGGUCAACCCUCACACAGUGUUUCAAACGGUGCUUGAAGAGGAAAUCAUGGAGCUAGAAAACAUGUACAAUGAAGAACUUGUGUACAACCAGGAACAGUCUCUGACUUAUGGCCUGCCAGUGGUGAAUGAUCCUCCAACAUCAGAAUCAGCAGCUGCCAUCAGUGAGCUGCCUCCUGCCUUUUUUCCACAACCAUACUAUGGAGAUACCCAGUGGCCAAGUGCAAGCUUUGAGCAGAACCUGCAGCCUGUUGGAUUUCUAAAUGGAAGCCAUAGAGAAAUGGGCAACAAACCAUACAUAAAGAAGCCGCCCAACGCCUUCAUGAUCUUUAUGACAGAGCAAAGACAAAACAUGCCAGCUGACAUCAAAGGAAAAGGUGCUGCAGUUGCAAAUACAUUCCUAGGACAGCUGUGGAAAUCCAUGACGAAGGAACAGAAGUCUGUUUAUUAUGAUAAGGCUGAUGCAGAAAGCUAUGUCCACAGCAUCCUUUAUCCUGAGUGGUCAACCAGCGAUAACUAUGGCAAGAAGAGAAAGAGAAUAAGGAGGAGAAAUCAUACUAGAGCUGAAGGUGUGAUGGAGCCUUCUACAGAAAAGACAUGCAGUUUUGCAGAGCCAUAUCCCCAGCAGACAGCCUGGGAGGUGCAAAAUCCUCUGCCACCAGUCUUCUAUCAGCCACACAGGGAGAGCACAGUGCCAGAGCUGCAUCACCAGCCUAGAGUCCUGCAUGAGCACUACACCGUGACAACAGCGAGCGAGCAACCCUUCUUUCACCAGCCGCUGAUGUCAGACCCUCUUUGGAAUCUGUCAGUGAAUGUGACAAACCCUAUCACCAGCACAGCACACUUUCUAGAAAUGCAGCCCUUGGAGAAGGAGUUUAUGUUUCAGGCAAACUCACAGAGAGGCGUGGUGGCGCAACAGAACCUGCAGUCCGUCUGCAUGCAGUCUACCAAGAUACAGCCCCUCUUCACUGCGCCUGUUUGCCCCCUGUGUUACCUGCCAAAUGUGUUCCAGGUUGACUCUAUGUUUUAAUGACACAAACUCCACAUCUUCUGCUGAUUUGCUGAUGUAGGAGCAGUUUGUAUUGUUUACAGAGUAUUUUAAGUAAAAAUAAAUACAAAAAAAUGUAAGCAUAUCUUUCUUUUCUUUUAAAUCAUUCUGCCUUAGUUUGUCAGCAGCUAAUUUUUCUUUUCAUCAACAAUUUCCAUCCAAAUUGCAUUGAUAUCAAAUGUGAUGAACUUCAUUUAGGUACAUAUCUAAACAGACAAGGACUAUUUACCUGAAUUUUUUAGCUCUUUUUGGUGGAUAGAAGCUUGGUAAGUUACUUAAAAUUCAUGUUUGCUGGAAAAUAAUAUGUGCUUGUUUGCUGUAGAUAUGAUGUACAUGAAUACUGUAUGGGUAAACUGUUACAUUAAAACUACUGAAUCGUAUAAUGUAGGGAAGUCACAUUCACAGUUGUUCACAAGUUAUCAAGGUGCUUGACCUAAAUUGUUGUGUUC